UGAAAUCGUGUGCUUCUAAUUUAGUUAGAUGGAUGGCAAUACUGUUUGGGAGAAAUAUCUAAAGAGGGUAAUUGAGUCACAUUGUAAAAUGUCGUCCAUUUUUAUUUUAGGUGGGCAACGAGAUUUCUGGAAAUCAACAGAUCUUCCGUAUGAUCUCUCGCUCCAUCUCCCCUAAUUUUCCGAUCAAUCAUGCUUCUUAUUCUAGGAAUGUAUUCACACUCUCUCCCUCAACUACUGAAGCAGGUGAACCCUAGUGUUGAAGCAAACAGAUUCAAUCUCUCUCCGGCAUCAGUUAUCAUCGAACAACAAUGUCCCGGUUGAAGAGAAUGGCGGCGAAACAUGUUGGGGAAUCAUCUGGAGGUACAAAGCGUAAUAAAGCCUCAACUGCAAUCGUUGUAAGCAAUAGGAUUGAUGCAACUGAUGAUGGGGCAACGCUCCUAAUCAAAAGGAAUACAAGAAAUUUUGUGAAGAUUUUACAAUGUUUGAAUGAAAAACAAAUAGCAGCAGUUACAGAAAUGGGGUUUGGAGAACUUAUACAUUACAAUGUUUAUGCAAUACCAAGAGAGUUGGCCUAUUGGUUGUUAAACAAUUUUGACCCAAUUAAAUGCAACAUUGCGCUACCAGGUAGUGGGCCUGAUUUGCACAUAGAUGAAAGUGAUGUAGAAUUGACAUUCGGUUUUCCACGAGGUGACGUCAGAGUAGAAAGGAUUGGCAGGCAGGAUGAUCUAACCAUAAUGAGUAAGAUAGCAGGUGUAGUGGGUAAAAAAAGACCAAACGUUAAAGCUAGUAAGGUUGCAGAGGAGAUGUUGAAGGACGUUGAAGGUGGAGCUUGGUUUAAAAAGCUUUUUCUAAUUUUGUUGGAGUCUGCAUUAAUUGAGACGUCGGCGUGUGGCUAUGUUAGGCCAAAAAUAUUACAUUUCAUCGAAGAUAUUACAGAUUUUCGUCGUGUCAAUUGGUGUGGGUAUAUGAUUUCCGUUCUGCUUAAAAUGCAUAGACAUUGGAAAGAACACAAAACAGCAACAUUUAGUGGUCCAAUUGUUUUUUUGGUGUGUUGCUAUGUUGAUCGAAUUGUCCAUGGCCAACGACCUGUGCCACGUUGCUAUCCUACGGUCAAAGGAUGGACUGAAGGUCUUUUGAAAGAGCGGCAUGAAGCAGAAAAAAAGGACGGGUCUUAUGGCAAGGGAUAUUUAGAUCAACAGUUUGACAAACGUCAAGACAAGUCUAGGGCUGAAUUCGUUGACGGUGGUUUAAGCGAACGACAGAGUGGAAAAUAACCAACUGAUUAUCCGAGAAAUACGACACACCUAUCUGGGACAAAUGGUACCAUUAAGGUGGCUGAUGCUGUGAUCAAUCUAAUGCAAGUACUGAAGGAUACUCCUGUAGAAAUACGAAGUUCAGACUAUUUCAAAAUGAUGUGGGACAUGAUGAGGAGGGCAUUCGGUAUAGCUGAUACCACAAUUGAACAAAACACAAAUCCAGUGGGCACCCUCACACAAUCAAUGUCACAGGAAGAGUGUCAUGGUAGUCAAUGGUCCGAGACAUUGGAUGCGCUCUUGAAGGGGGCUCAGGAGUUGUUAGACAAAAGACAUGAGUUCCCAAGUUUUAGUUUGGGCAUGGGGUUCACACAAGAUUUAUAUGCCAGAGCUGACGUUGGUGGUGGCAAUGGAGGCCUCGGGGCUGUAAACGAAGUUCUUAUUCAUGAGAAACACAAAACUGAUGACGUGGUAAUAGAUGCAAUGGGGGGAUGGUCUGACAUUGACAUUGAAGAGCAUCACCUACUUGUUGCAAGCCUAGCUGACUAUGAAUGUAAUAUGGAACCGGAUAUGACUGUUGGGAACAAUGGUGCUGAGGUCAUCGCAAAAGGUGUUGCAAAUCAUACUCCAAGUACAAUGGCUGGUGGUGUGCAUACUAUACCAAAAGUGAAUAAAUCGGACGACAUAAGCUUGGACGAGUCUUGGUGUCAUGAGAAGGGAACAAGUGUUGAGAUUGCCAACGCAAUUAAAUUGACAAAUUCAAUUGUCCAGGACAUAGCAAGAGAGCUCGAGCACGACCACACAGACUCGAUUAUAUGUUCGGAACAUCAACAGGCUUUGAUUGUCGAGAAAGGGAAAGAAAAGGCACAUGGACCAACUUUGGAAGUAUCAGAAUAUCAAGAUAGACACCAGACAACAGACAAGAUUGCAAUUGAGGCGCCUCCAAUAUCUGAAGAGCUGGUGCGAGGGGUUCAGAAGCGUGCUACGAAGCGUAAGGGUCCAGCUUUGUGCUCACCUUACAAUGAAAGGGCUGUACCGAUUACGAUAAAACUGAGUAGCGAAGAAAGAGACAUGUACUACUGGUUGGUGUGGACUCAAGGAGAAAAUGACAACAUGGAGGUUUACUUCGACGACAUCGUCCUACUAACAAAGAUACAGAUGCUCUCAAUGAAACCUCAUAGCCAUGUUUUUGAGAAGGUGGUUGACGCCUGGUCGUCAUACUUGAAUAACAUGGAAUUUUAUCGAGCACCGUCGUCACCGUCACGGGUGUUCAUGACCACUUUCCCAUGUUUGCACAGUUUCCUGAAUCAUACUCGCGAUUGGGAUCGUACUGCUGGAUUUCAUGAUUUCUGCCAAAGUGUUGAUUCUCAUGUCCAGAAUCUCACACAUUUCAAUUGGAAUGUGAUCGAUAUGGUGCUUUUUCCUAUGUACUCCAGACGACAUUAUUACCUUAUUAGUUUUGGACUGAAGACUGGAAAAAUGGACAUAAUUGACAGCUGCCCCCCAUCCAAUGGAUUGAAAGAUCGUAGCAAGUAUGGUGACGACAUUGAGUUACUGCAAUAUUUUUUUAGUUCAUAUCUUGAGGGUAAGAAACAUAAAAUGCUAGCAAAAAUAAUCAAAGGGUGCGAAAUUCGGAUCAUAAAUAUGCUGUGGCAAGGUACCGGAGGCAAGGAUGAUGAUGCUAUAUUCUUAAUGCGGCACAUGGAAACAUAUAUGGGCCAAAAGGUGAAGGAUUGGCAUAUGGGGCUUGCAAACAUAUCUAUGAAGAAUCUGCAGAAUAUGCGCGGUAAAUACUGCAAGGCUUUGCUGACGACAGACUUCAAUUACCAUUCUGUUGACAUUAAGGAUUGUGUGAAGAAAUAUUUCAAGGAUAAUAAAGAGAAGAGGACCAAGAUAGUUAAGUUUAAGGCAGAUUUGAUGUGCAAGAAGCCUAAGCGAAAGUUGAUUUAAUUAUAUUAGUUGUCCAGUGUGUUUGAUCUUCUAGAUCAUUUGUUUUGAAUUCUAGAUGGUGUUUUUGGCUGUUAUUAUGAAGAUGAUGUUUUCUGUUGUUAUUUUCCGGAUGAUGUGUUUUACAGGAUGAUUAUUAUAUGUAGCUUUUUUAAGGAA